CUCUUGUUUGUAGUAAAUGUUGAAUGCCAUGUCUAUAGAAGAGAAGAAAAUAGAAGUAACGAGUGCAGUUUACAGAGUUGGUCUUCACUGCCCAAAAUGUGCACAUGAUAUUAGAAAACCACUCUUGGCAACUCAAGGAGUUCAUAAUGUGGAUGUGAAAUUUGAUGAGGAUGAGGUUACUGUAAAAGGUGCUAUUGACGCAAACAAAAUUCACCAACGAUUACAGAAAUGGACUAAAAACAAAGUCCACUUAGUAUCACACGCCAAAAUUGAAAACGCAAACCAACUCAAAAAGGAAACUAUUAAGACAACGAUAUUGAAAGUUUACAUGCAUUGCAACAAGUGUGAAGUUGAUCUAGAGAGGAGGUUACUCAAACACAAAGGUAUUAAUAGUGUUAAAACAAACUUCAAAGCUCAGACAAUAACAGUUGAGACAAUUCUUGAGUCUGAAAAACUUGUGUCAUAUGUAACAAAAACAUUUGGCAAAUACACAGAAAUCAUCAAGAAGAAAGAAGAGGAAAAAGUAACCAUGGAAGAAAAGAUUAUUGAAUUUAAGCAAGUGAAGAAAGUAGAAGCAAAAAUCAAGGAAGGUGAAAUUCCAUGUUCUGUUUAUUAUGUAUAUGCCCCACCGUGGUUCAGUGAUGAGAAUCCUAACGCUUGUCAUGUCAUGUAGACAUAUGAACUACUUUCACAUAU